AUGGGAACUCGGCUUCUUCUCCGUAGGGCAGGGAGGCAGCGGCGCGGCUGGGUACAGCAGCGACAGCGCAGCGCGAGUGGCGGCGCGGCCGGGUGGAGCGACCACAAGAGGGCCAGCAACGCGACCACAAGAGGGGUGGGCGGCGGCGCGCGGGGCAAUGGAGCUUGCGGCAAUGGAGGAUGGCGGCUGGACCUGUGUGCGGCCGUCGGGCGGGGCGCGGCGGUGGCCUCGGGCCUCGAGAGGGCCUGGCGGCCAGCGCAGGCGGAGCCGAGGGCCGGCGACGCACGAGAGCCGAUGACAGGGGCCGGCGGCGUGCGGGAGCCGGCGAUGUCGCGGGAGCCGAGGGCCGACGGCGCACGAGAGCUGGCGGCGGCGUGGGGCCGGCGACGUGCGGGAGCCGGGGGCAGGAGCGGAUGGACGAUGCGCAGGGCUGGGAGAGUGGCGGAGCCCGGGCAGGAGAGCACCACCGGCGGCAGCGGCUGGCUGGCCACGGUGGCCGCGGGAGCAGGUGGAGGGGGAGGAAGCAGGGGAGAAAAGGAGAUUAGGGUUUAG